AUGGAAUCGAUUUCUCAUCUUUCGACACUGAAGGGCCCGAUCAGAUCGCUGAAAUCUGAGCCAAUGUUGUUCAGAUUGUUCGAGGAGGUAGUAGUCGGCAGUGCGGAAGAACCAGCGUUGAUUUUCGAAGAUUUCGGAGCAGUCAAGACGACCAGUUACCAUGACUUGAAUGCAACUGCAAAUCGAAUUGCUCGCUUGAUUAAAGCCACCAUCAUGGAGAAGUCGAUUCCACGCAAUGCCGAUGGAGAUUAUAUAGUGGCAAUUUGCAUGCAGCCGAGCGAUAAAUUAAUCUCAGUACUUCUGGCAGUUUGGAAAGCUGGUGCUGCCUACUUGCCUCUGGUUCCGACCUUCCCUGCUUUGCGAAUCGAGCACAUCCUUCGGGAAUCCAAGCCGGCUCUGGUGAUCUACGAGAAUGAGGACAAGAGUUUUGGUGCGGUCUCCAAGUUCUCUGUGAAGGAACUGUUCUGUUUAUCACAUGAGUAUGAUUCUGGAAAUCUCGAGGAUCAAUGGCAGUUCAAGGCCUUCCCAUAUAGCAGAACUGAACAAGUGGGCAUCUUCAAGACGGCCUUAACCUUCGUCGACAGCGUAUCCGAAAUAUGGGGCCCGCUCCUCAACGGUCUAUCUAUUUUGGUGGUGAAGAAAGAAACCACCAAGGAUCCUGAAGAAAUGGUCGCUUUAUUGGAAAAAUAUCAAAUCGAACGUCUGGUCUUAGUCCCAACUCUUUUAAGAUCAUUGCUCAUGUUUCUCGAGUUAAAGAAGGAUAAAAAUGCUUUGAGCAAUCUCAAGAUAUGGGUGUGUUCUGGUGAAACCCUCUCGGUAUCUUUGGCAGAAGAAUUUUUUAAGUACUUCCCCGAAAAUUCUGAGCACAAGCUGUGCAACUUUUACGGAAGCACUGAGAUUAUGGGUGACGUUUCUUUUCACGUUAUUAGAAGCAGGAGUCAGCUGAAGCACGAGACCAAGGUGCCAAUAGGUGGGCCGGUAGACAAUACCAUCCUCUACCUGUUAGAUAGGGAUUAUAGGCCAGUAACAGCCGGGGACGUGGGUGAGCUUUUCGUAUCUGGCUAU